CGACCAACUACGACCACAUAGACUUUCCUAAGGAACAAUGGGUCAAGCAGGCUCCAAGGCCCAGGAACAAGGCAGCGGCGUCACCUUCCAGACAUCCGGCAUCCCCAUCCAGUUCUCGCCAAACCUCGUCUCCCACCUCGAUGCCCAGUCAGAGAGCGAUCUCUCCCGAGCUGCAUCCUUGGAGCAACACAUCCAAGACCGCGUCAAGCAGGAACUGCAGAAACUGCGCAGCAGAGAGCGAGAGGCUCUAGCGGCAGCGACACAAAAAGCAGCAGAGGAAAAUAUCGGCAUGGAAAAGAAGGGUGGACUCGAUAGUAAUAUGCUCGAGCAGGAUAUCAACGACCUCAAGAAGAAGCUACAGAAACGGCCUACGUUGGGUGCAGAGGACAAGGAAGUCUCUGCACAGCGUGAAAAGGUCAUCAGCUGUCUCAAAUCACAUCAAGGACGCAGCUUGGACUGCGAUCAUGAGGUGACGGCGUUUAAGGAGAGCGUCGCGCAACUACAGCGCAAGUUUGUCGAGCGAUACAAUUGAGCUACUCAUCUAGACAAAUCAGUCGUCUAGCUGUACAUGUAGAAAGGCCUGCUAGCCAAGCAACGGCGUAAAGGACCGAUCCGCCAUGAGCUGCAACCACUCCUUUGACCGAUGUGCCCGUGUGUCAAUCGAUUGCCACAACUCCGUCAAAUAAUCGCUGAUAUCCUUGAUGUA